AUGAGCAAAAGUAAAAUUAAUAUGUAAAUAAGAAAAGAGAGUUUCUUGGUUUUUUGAAAGUCAACAAGAGUCAUUAGAUGCAUAAAAUAAAUCUUCUUUAAAAAUAAAUACAGUUGAAGAACAUAAGUAAGAUUAAAGAAUGCCAUCUUAACAAAUCGCUCAGCCAAUGUAGGUAGUCCCUUAAAUUCCACAAACAAUGCCAUAUUCUUAAAUUGAUUUGGAAAGUAAUAGAACUAGAAAAGUUUCAUUUAUUCCAUUUAUAGGCAGAGUUGCUGAAUCAACUCCGCCAAAAUUAAGUACAAUUUUUGAAGUUCAGCCAAGUUCAAAAAAGCAAGAACCACAAUAAAAUAAGAUUCCUGUUGCUUAGAAAAUUUAAUUACAACAGUCCAUACAAAAAUAACCAACUAUUUAAACUUAACUCAUUUAAACACCAUAAUAAUAACCUUUUCGAACACCUAAGGCAAUUCAAAUGGAAGAAAACAGUGUAAAAUAAUCCUAUAGGAAAAAUGUGAAACCAAUUGAAAUAGAUAUUGUGAAGGAUCUUAAAUAGUUAAAUUCAUUGGGUGAAGUGAAUGAUGCAACAUUGAAAAGAGUGAUCACAAAAGAAGAAUAAGAAAUUUUACUUAUCUAAGAUCUAUUGUCUUAAAAGAUAAGUAAGUUACAAUAAAAGUUAAUCUAAUUAAAUGAAAUUGAAUAAAGACAACUUGACUCAAAGAUGAAUAAUAAUAGUAAACUGAAUUAAAUGCAAGAUAAGAAAAAUUCAGUUGAAAAUUAAUUAUAUGAACCAAAAUAAUAGGAAUAAAAGGGAUCUUCAUUAGAAAUUAGGGCUACAUUGAUAUAAUGUCUUGGAUAUAAAGUAACUCAUAUCAAUUAUGAUAAAAAACAAUAUUAAAUAAUAUUUACCUAUUAAUAAGCAAAUGUUCAAUAUUCAUUUUAAAAUUAGAAAUAGAUUGACGGUAAUCUAGAAAUUUAGGAUAUAUUUAAUGAAUUCUAUAGAGAAUUACAAGAGAAUAGAUUAGUAUUAUCUGGCUUGAAAAUUGAUUAUAAAUAAAAAACAGAAAUAAACAAAGGAGAAAUACUACAAUUAUCAUUGAAGCAUUAAUUUUCAAAUUCAAACAAGAUGGCUAAUGAGAUAAUAUUUUCAGCAAUUCAUUAGAUGCCUAUAUUGUUAUUUAAAGUAGAUGAAUUAGAAUAAUAAUUGCUUUUUAGUAAUAAGAUUUGGGGAACUUUAUGGAAAGUUGAUUCAGAAAAAGGUUCUAUUUAAAUUUUAUUCAGCCAUAGAUGCAGAAUAGAUAAUAAAAAUUUGUUAUCUAAUACAAAAAAGAAAGUAAUAAGAUUUGAAAUAAAUUUAAGAACUUUCGAAAUUCAAUAUUAAUUUUAUAAAUAUUUUGAUGAAGUAAUAUCACCAUUCAAUGAAAAAGUAUCAAUGAGAAAAAAAAGUACUGAAGAAAUCUCCUUUGGUGAAAGAAUAGAGAGUAUGGUGAGUGACGAAUUUACAGAGGUAAUUUAAGAUUAUUUAUCACGAAAACCUAAUUUAUAAUAACUUGUAGAUUGGUUGAAUAUUAUAUAACUCAUAUGA